CGUCAGCACCGGAAUGACCUACCGUUAUUUCCGAUUUCAUUCAGCAUCACGGUUCUUGAAGGUUAUAUCGGCCGACCGAAUGUCGUGAUUUACACGAUUUGCCUUCAUCUAGCAUUUCUUAACGAGUGGUAGAGUAGUGCUUCUGGGAGCACAAGCCCGUCCGCCAUGUUAGCUGCUUCCAGGAACCUCAUCGCCCACCACUUCACCCCUCUCUCUCUUGGCAAAACCCCCAAAUCCCACUACUUUUUCAGGCCCGUUCGCUCCUCCAGAUACUUCAGAAUCGUUCAGUCCCAAACCCAACCAGUUCGGACCUCAAGCACCGCGCGAGUACCCAGCAGGAACCCCAAUGUUAUUGAUAUACUUGAAGAAAGAGGCCUCCUUGAAUCCGUUACAAGCCAGGAAAUCAGGUCAGCUUCCUCUAAUCCCUCUCUCAAUCCUCUGAGAGUGUAUUGUGGUUUCGACCCAACUGCAGAAAGUCUGCAUCUGGGGAAUUUGAUUGGUAUUAUUGUUCUGUCAUGGUUUCAUAAAUGUGGGCAUAAGGUUGUUGCCUUAAUUGGGGGUGCUACUGGAAGAGUCGGUGACCCUUCUGGUAAGAGCGUGGAAAGACCCGACCUUGACGAAGAAACUCUUGCGAAAAACGUUCUAGGAAUACAAAAAACCCUGGAUACAAUCUUCAGUAGGGGGCAGGAUUUGAAUUUGCACGUGGGUAGCGGAGGUGCUGUCACGAUAUUGAACAAUUAUGAUUGGUGGAAGGAUUUUAAGCUCCUGGAUUUCCUCCGGGAGGUCGGGAAAUUCGCAAGAGUAGGGACGAUGAUAGCUAAGGAAAGUGUGAAGAAGCGGUUGAAUUCAGAUGAAGGAAUGAGCUAUACUGAAUUAACUUAUCAGUUGUUGCAAGGGUAUGAUUUCCUUCACCUGUUUAAGAAUGAGGGAGUGAAAGUUCAGAUUGGUGGGAGCGACCAAUGGGGGAACAUCACUGCUGGUACUGAAUUGAUAAGAAAGAUUCUGCAGAUUGAUGGUGCAUAUGGUCUUACAUUUCCUCUGCUACUGAAGAGUGACGGGACCAAGUUUGGGAAGUCAGAGAGCGGGGCAAUUUGGUUAUCGCCAUCGAUGCUGUCACCUUACAAAUUUUAUCAGUAUUUUUUCUCGGUUCCGGAUGCUGACGUUGUACGUUUUUUGAAGAUUCUGACUUUUUUAAGUAUGGAAGAGAUUGAGGAAUUGGAAGAAGGGAUGAAAAAGGACGGCUAUGUGCCCAAUUCAGCACAGAGGCGGUUGGCAGAGGAAGUGACUAGAUUUGUCCAUGGCGAUGAGGGAUUGUUGGAAGCCCUGAAUGCAACAGAGGCAUUGAGACCUGGAGCCGAGACAAAACUAGACUCAAGGACCAUUGAAGAUAUUGCAGAGGAUGUGCCAUCAUGUGCACUCUCUUACAACGAAGUACUAAAUACUUCUCUUGUUGAUGUUUCUGUUUCUUCCGGAUUGCUCUCCAGCAAGUCAGCUGCCCGCCGCCUAUUGAAACAGGGGGGAUUGUACUUGAACAAUAGGAGGAUCGAUAGUGAGAAUAAGGUGAUUGAAGAAGACGAUAUUGUUGAGGGAAAGGUGAUUUUAUUGUCAGCUGGCAAGAAGAAUAAAAUGGUGAUAAGGUUAUCAUAAUCAUUUUUGUGGUUUUGUUUCAUUAUUCAUGAAUCAUGUACUCAUUCUAUCGUUAAUUAAAUUAUGGGGCUAAGAAACAGGAAAUUAUGUCUAUCAAUAUUCUUUAUUAGCAGUUCUUACAGGUCAAAUAUGAGAUCGUGUUCCUAUAUGCAUAGAUUUAUUCGUUCUUUUUGUAUAAAAUGGCAUGAGCAGUAGUAGAUUGGUUGGUUCAUUUCAUAUAAUUUACAAGAGGUUAGUGUGGUUUUCCUGUAAUGAACCAUGGUUAGUGGGCUGUUCAUCUCAGAUUAUGACAAAUGAAUGAUUCAAUUACAGUUGGAUUCAAGAUUUGAAACACGUAUCUUGAUUUUGCCUUUUAAAAUAUGUACUUGCUAAUGCCUAAUCAACUGAGCGUUGAAGCAAGCAGAAGGUAAAAUGAUUGUUAGUUAGCUUCAACAGAAAAAAUAGAGUGUAAAGCUGACUUUGUGUCGAUAGCCGUAGCUGGCAUGAUCUCAACGAUGCUGAUAUUGAUGUAGAGGAGGAUCCAGGAUACAACAUAGAUUUUCAUCUGCUCAUUGCAUUUCUCCUAUUGAUUCAACCACGUGGACAGGUAUGUUGUGGCCUUAGUAACAUGAACAAAAUUUUGAUGCGGUUUAACCAUCCAAGUUGCUUGCCUUAGAUUCUAGAGAUUGCAUGACAUACGCUUUCGUGUGGUCAAACAUGAGUAUAAAUGUCCAAGUGGCUAAGCAGUCUGCAGUAGAUGUGGGGUGCACAUUUUUUAUAAAAUAAACUGCAUUUUUCCGAUUGUUUUACUUGAAUUAUUAAGUUCUAAUAAGAUGAAACAGUGGUAUGUUCAUGUGUCUAGAUAUCUCAAGGGUACAAGUUGAUUUCAUUCUUUAUGAAAUGUUAUUUCUUGGUGGUUGCUUGCCCUAGGAACUGUGCCGUUCAUUGAGUAGCCCAUUUUGUCUUCCAUCUCUUUGACAUAGCCUCGACUUGAAGGAAAUUAUGAAUAAAGGGCACAAAGAGAAUCAUAUAAAAGAAAGAUGGUAGCUUCCUGUCCUGAGUGUUGAAGACAACACAGUUACUGCAAGAGCUAUUUAAGGUUAUCCUUGUUUGACAAACCGGUUUUACGUUGCCCAAAUGAGAGUAUGUUUUCCUUUGUUUAUUAUUAUUAUUGUUGUUGUUAGUAUCUAUUACUUAUCUUCGUAUAGUGUCAACUGCUUUAGCUGUUCUUUCUUAUGUUGGGGAGGACCACAGAUAACAGGGAAAACUGUAGCUGAAAAUCAAGAAUGAACUAUCCUUGCUCACUCAGAGUGGACUGUGAAUAUUAUCACAAGAAAUGAGUGAGAGGGGUGGUUUAUGUGGAUUCUUCUCAUACUUUCUGAGCUUAAAGCUAAAUAACUUGUUCGAUUUCUUGUCUGUCAGCACAAGUUGAGACUUAAGUGAUCAUAAUUGCAAUUUAAUUUAGAUGACCAGAGUUGAUAGUUUCAUACUAUAUACAUGCCUAUAUACAAGUUCAUAAAUAUAAAAUUAUCCCUUUCUACGCUUUGAUCUUUGUUUAGCUUAACACAAUUGGCCUGUUCUGAAGGAACUGGUUUAAUAAUUGUCUAUCAUUCAGUUUUGGAUUGGUUCAAGUUUCACUCUUCUGCUUCAGUGGUUUCUUCUUGCUUUCCCACUGGUGUGACCUGUCUUUUUCGUUUUUUUCUUUUUUUCAAUCAGCAGUUUUCUUUGCUAAACAGUUAUUUGACGAGCUGCACAAAAUUAAGGAUAGUAAAUCAUGGGAAAGGCAAUUAGUUAAUAUAUGCUGGGGAAAGAAUUAUCAACUACAAACCUUUAUAUAUAAUUCAUGCAAAUGGAAAAGAUACAUUUCCAGAACAUUUCCCAUGCUGGUCCAUUGUCAGACCUGAUCGACCUAUCAGGUCAUUUUCUGCGGGGUGGUUACGUUACCUCUCUUUCUCUCUCCCCCCUCGGCAAAUGAUGUGUAGCUAGGGGUGGCAUGUCUUCUGUUUGAUUCCCAGAGGUGGUAC